UACAUAAAAUAUUGGGCAUUUCGUGUGUGGGUUGAUCAUAACAGGUGGUUGCAAAUUUCUUUAUCAAAAGUGUAUAUAUAUAUAGAAAAAAGAUAUAAGAAGGCGCCAUCCAUUAUUCAAAAUGUUUUUGAAUGUUUUCUUGAUUACUUAUAUAUUUUGUAUUAGCAAAGCAGUACUGGUAGAGGGCACAAGUGAGUGUAGUUCACAUCCUUGUCAACAUGGAGGUGUUUGCAAUGACCUUACAGAGGAAUACACAUGCGCGUGCAGUCAGCGUUACACAUGCGCAUGCAGUCAGCGUUACACGGGAUUAAGAUGUGAAACAGACACUUGUGGAGGACAUUUCACGAGUCUCACGGGAAGUUUUGAGACUCCAAGAUUUUGGAAUCCCUUCCGAAGUAGGCAACUGUGUCGUUAUCUCAUCAGUGUUCCAGCCGGAUACAAAAUAAAACUGACAAUAACUAAACUCAGCAUAAGUAGCUAUUUGGAGUUUUUAUUUGUUUAUGAAGGAACACGUACAUCAGACGUAUUGAUUUUAGGUUUGGGAAAUUAUGAUAGGCCAACAACAGCAGAGACAAGAGGAAAUAACAUGUUGGUUACAUUUACAUCAGAUUUUGAGUAUUCAAGGUCUGGAUUCCAGGCCAGUUACAUUACAAAAGACAUUUACUGUCCUUCUGGCCAGAUAAGAUGUUCUCCUAACGACAGAUCACUUGGUUGUGUAUCUGCACACAAAUUCUGUGAUGAAUCUGAGGACUGUGAAUAUGGCUAUGAUGAACGAAACUGUCAAUACAAUAACACAUGCGGUCCAAAUCAGUUCCGUUGUAGAUCAGGACAGUGUAUUCACAAUCAAUGGAAAUGUGAUGGAACUAGAAAGUGUACAGAUGGCUCUGAUGAAUUAGCCUCUAUCUGUACAGAACCGACAUGGAACACUUGCACAGACUGGUGGGAGUUUGAAUGUUCUACUGACAGGCAGUGUAUCUAUAAGAAAUUAAAAUGUGAUGGAUUCGAAGAUUGCUUUGACGGAUCUGACGAACGAAAUUGCCCAUAGGCUUUCACAUGAAAACAAACGUAUAGACUUAUUAUACUCAUGGUUUCAUGCUGAAAUCAGCUAUAAUGUACA